UUUACUAGAUUUGGUUCCCCCCUUUCUUCUCCAACCAAUCCAAUUCUUCGCCGCCGCCGCCGCCGCCCUCUCGGCCGCAGGCGGUCGCCGCUGCCGGAUUGCCUCCUCGCCUCGUCCGUCCGUCCGGCGACACUGCUGCACCUGCACCCAGGGGAAAGCGCCGCUUCAGGGGAAGAGGUAAGGUUCUUUGCUUGGUUCGUUUGGCUGGAAAGGCCCAUACAUGUGCACUUUGCUGCACAUCAUUGUGUUUCUCUUCUGUCGGGAAGUAGUGUCAGGUGGCAGUAACAGGGCGGGAUGCGCCACCUGGAGUUCCAGAGGAUGCGCGUGACGCUGGCAAUCGGCGUGGUCGGCCUGUGCGCCACGGCGUACAUCCUUGGUGCCUGGCAAGGCACCUCGUCCGCCAUAAAGGACGCCCCCAGGCCUGUGUACGCCAAGACGCAGUGCGACGAAGCUGCCUCGCGUGCCCCCAGCAAUGCGUCAGGCGCCCCCAGCGUCGCCUCGGUGACAUCCUCGGGCGCCCGUCUCGAUUUCCAGGCCCACCACCGGGUGGCCUUCAACGAGUCGUUGCUGGCGACGGAGAUGAUCCCGCCGUGUCAGCUCAAGUACAGCGAGUACACCCCUUGCCAUGACCCGAGGACGGCGAGGAAGUUUCCAAAGGCGAUGAUGCAGUACAGGGAGAGGCACUGCCCCACAAAAGAAAAAUUGUUCCGGUGCCUGAUCCCUGCGCCCCCGAAGUAUAAGAACCCCUUCACGUGGCCGCAGAGUCGGGAUUAUGCGUGGUAUGAUAACAUCCCUCACCGGGAGCUGAGUAUCGAGAAGGCCGUGCAGAAUUGGAUUCAGGUUGAGGGGGACAGGUUUAGGUUCCCUGGUGGUGGCACGAUGUUCCCGCAUGGUGCUGAUGCUUAUAUCGAUGAUAUCGAUGCCCUCAUACCGUUAACUGACGGCAACAUCAGAACUGCACUUGAUACUGGAUGUGGGGUGGCAAGUUGGGGUGCUUUUCUUCUGAAGAGGGGCAUCAUCACCAUGUCAUUUGCACCAAGGGAUUCGCACGAGGCACAGGUACAGUUUGCGUUAGAGAGGGGAGUGCCGGCUAUGAUUGGAGUAAUGGCAACCGAUAGAAUCCCAUAUCCUGCUAGAGCAUUUGACAUGGCGCACUGCUCUAGAUGUUUGAUCCCAUGGAACAAGCUCGACGGUUUAUAUCUGGUUGAAGUAGACAGAGUUCUAAGACCAGGAGGCUACUGGAUCCUCUCUGGGCCUCCAAUCCGUUGGAAGAAGCACUACAAGGGGUGGCAAAGAACAGAGGAAGACCUGAAGCAAGAGCAAGAUGAGAUUGAGGACCUAGCAAAGCGCCUCUGCUGGAAGAAGGUGGUAGAGAAAGAUGACCUUGCCGUAUGGCAGAAACCUAUCAACCAUAUGGAGUGUGCUAAUAAUCGGAAUGCCGACGAAACUCCGCAGUUCUGCAACAGCAGUGAUGUGGACACUGCUUGGUACAAGAAGAUGGAGACAUGCAUAUCUCCUCUGCCGGAAGUGCAAACCGAGGAAGAAGCUGCUGGCGGAGCCCUCGAGAAAUGGCCAGAAAGAGCAUCCGCAGUUCCGCCGAGAAUAAACCGAGGUUCAGUUUCAGGCAUCACCCCUGAGAAGUUCGAAGAGGACAAGAAGUUGUGGGCAGAGCGAGCGGACCACUACAAGAAACUGAUCCCGCCACUGACCAAGGGGCGAUACAGGAACGUGAUGGACAUGGAUGCGGGGAUGGGGGGUUUUGCUGCUGCGCUGAUGGAGUAUCCACUCUGGGUGAUGAAUGUGGUGCCUUCAGGUUCUGCUCCUGAUGCCCUCGGUGUUAUCUACGAGCGGGGGUUCAUCGGGACAUUCCAUGACUGGUGUGAGGCUUUCUCGACGUAUCCCAGGACGUAUGACCUCAUCCAUGCUGAUAAAGUGUUCAGCUUUUAUCAGGAUAGGUGUGACAUAACAUACAUUCUCCUGGAGAUGGACCGGAUUCUGCGGCCUGAAGGGACGGUGAUCUUCAGGGACACCGUGGAGAUGUUAGUGAAGAUACAAGCCAUCACCAAUGGCAUGAGAUGGAAGAGCCAGAUCAUGGAUCAUGAAUCCGGGCCGUUCAACCCUGAGAAGAUCCUUGUGGCCGUCAAAACUUACUGGACCGCGGAGCCUGCCCAAAAGCAGCAAUAGCUAUCGCCUUCCUCAGUGUUGUUCUAUGUCGUCUGCUGCUAAAGUUCAAACAGAAAACCUUUCUGUUGAGUCUUCAUUGACUGUUCUCUUAGCUUCAGGAUAUAUCUGUAUAUAGUAGGUGGGAAUUCGCUGUAUCAUCAUCGGUUUAAUUUUGCGGUCUCUGACUCGUGAGCUGUGAGUGUGACACGGUGCUACACGAUGGUAUUCAGCAACCGUUCCAAGAGGAUAUUCACUUAUAUUUUUGAGAAAGCUGGAUCAGAUGAAUGUGCUUC